AUGGAUAGUAUUCCCGAGUCACCUUCGAAGACGAGCCCUCUCGUGGAGCCCGAAGGUUUCCCAGAGAGUGAGACGGAUUAUUCCAGCAUAAGGGGGAAGAUGGUGCUUGUAAGUCCUUCAGCAGAUGAGUAUGAGCUGCUCCGUAAGCAACUGCUGGAGAGACUGGAGUCAGGGAAUGGAGAGAUCAUAUAUGACAUUGGUCAAGGAGAAGACGGGCGCGGUUUGACAGAGGAUGAGUACAGCGCAUCAGUGGCGACGCUGCAGUCCCUGGUGAGUGGGGAGCGAGUCUCAUGCGUGGAGCUGCGACGCUGGGACUGCGGCAGCGGGCUCACCGGACAGUAUCUGCUACGUACCGAGCUCGACCAUACUGACUUUAUGGAGAUCAGAGUGGCAGUGGUGGGCAAUGUAGACGCGGGCAAGUCGACUCUACUGGGCGUACUGACUCACGGCGAGCUGGACAACGGACGAGGGUACGCGCGCCAGCGACUGUUCCGACACAAGCACGAGAUGGAGAGCGGGAGGACCAGCUCCGUCGGGAACGAUAUUCUCGGAUUCGAUAGUAUGGGAAAUGUAGUGAACAAACCGGACCACGGCACGCUGGACUGGGUGAAGAUCUGCGAGAAGUCGUCCAAGGUGAUCACGUUCAUCGACCUGGCUGGCCACGAGCGAUACCUCAAGACCACCGUCUUCGGAAUGACUGGACAUGCACCUGACUUCGGUAUGCUUAUGAUUGGCGCCAACGCAGGUAUAGUAGGCAUGACGAAGGAGCACCUUGGCCUGGCUCUCGCUCUCUCAGUACCUGUGUUUGUGGUGGUGACGAAGAUCGACAUGUGUCCUCCAAACGUCCUCCAAGACAACCUCAAGCUGCUGAUCAGGAUCCUCAAGUCAUCCGGCUGUCGCAAAGUCCCCGUCAUGGUGAAGACGAAAGAUGACGUCAUCGUUAGCGCUACUAACUUUGUAUCGCAGAGGCUAUGCCCAAUCUUCCAAGUGUCGAAUGUGACUGGUGAAAACCUGGAGCUGCUGACGAUGUUUUUGAACCUGCUGAAGACGAGGAUGCCCUCACAGGACGACAAGCCCGCGGAGUUUCAAAUUGAUGACACCUACUCAGUGCCGGGUGUGGGCACAGUGGUAUCAGGCACGACGCUGGCAGGAGUGAUCAAGUUGAACGACACGCUACUACUGGGCCCCGACCCACUCGGCCGCUUCACUCCCAUCACUGUCAAGAGCAUACACAGGAAGAGAAUGCCCGUACCAGAGGUCAGGGGGGGACAGACUGCUAGCUUUGCUCUUAAGAAGAUUAAACGUUCUCAGAUCCGCAAGGGUAUGGUGAUGGUGUCUCCCGCACUGAACCCGCAGGCGUGCUGGCAGUUCGAGGGAGAGAUCCUCGUACUGCAUCAUCCGACUACUAUCUCCUCGCGGUACCAGGCUAUGGUGCACUGUGGCAGCAUCAGACAGACUGCGUCGAUCCUGUCGAUGUCCCGUGACUGCCUCCGUACUGGCGAUAAGGCACUUGUUCGCUUCCGCUUCAUCAAGCACCCAGAGUACCUCAAGAGGGGGCAGAGGAUGGUGUUCCGCGAAGGUCGUACGAAAGCAGUGGGCAACGUGCUGCGUCCGGAGCCGGCCGCCGUGAAGCUGGCGCCGCGCGCCGCCGCCGCGCGCCACGACCGCCGCGCGCACCACGCGCUCGACAAGCCCGACGCACUGCCCGCGCAAGUCCAAGAGACUGACGUGACUGCAGCAGACUCUCCAUUCGAGGUGCAGGCGGACAAGCGCGGCGCGGCGGCGGGCGGCGGCGGGGCGGGUGGCGCGGGCGGCGGGGGGCGGCGCCCCCGCAAGCGCCAUGA